AUGGCACCACCCUCGCCGCGACGGUCAUCAAGAGCCCGCGCCACCAAUUCACAAUCCCAACAGUCAUCUGUAUCCUCAAGCACGUCUGGUCGAGUUGAGAGGAAUACGAGAUCAGUCGCCAAACCCUCUUCCAACAAGUCUACACCCAGUGCCUCUUUGUCCUCUGAGCCAUUUGAAGAUCUUGACGAUACCCUCCUCGGUCGAAGGCGAAAGCGCAACCACGAAGACGAAAACGAUAAGACUUCGAAACCCGAUAAUUUUGGAAUGGCGAAUGGCAGCGACGACCUCCCAGAAGAGGAGGACGAAGCCGUGCGAUGUAUCUGUGAUGUAGAAGAAUACCCGGGCCGCCCACCCGUGGAAGGUGCCGACCUGGAUUUCUUCAAUGCCAUAGAAUUUACUGAAGAAGUUACCGGCUUCUUCGUUCAAUGCGACAUUUGCAAGGUCUGGCAGCACGGCGCCUGUGUUGGCAUCUUUAGCGCUGAGAGCUCCCCCGAGGAAUAUUUUUGCGAGCAAUGCCGCAAAGAUCUUCAUAAAAUAUACACUGCAAGCAACGGUUUUGUUUUCAGCCAAAAAUGGUCCAAGUAUGUCCCCCAUAACCGGCCGUCGCGCGCAACGUCUCGAGCCACCUCAAUUGCCAAGGAAGGCAAUCGCUCACCCAAGACUGGCACGAGCAAGAACUCGCGCCCAACUUCCGCCUCACAAACCUCGAAACGUCGAUCCACAAUGAAUAGCCGCGACCGAGCUUAUGAAGACGAGCAACUCCUGCGCGCCAUUGAAGCAAGUAAAGAAGAUGUCCCUCAAGAUGGACAAGAAACCAUGACCCGACGAGCGAAACGGGGACGAAGCGAUAGUGAAGAAUCAGUCGCUGUGAAUGCCCGGCCACGGGAUGAGAAACUGGCAUCACUAAGGAACCCGUUAAGUGUAAAGCGACAGAGAACCAAUUCGAUGUCACCUUCACCCCCCACUGAGCUGGUCGAGGCUCAAAGUUACAACGAAUCAGAUGACGAUGUUAACACUCGAAAUGGAGCCAAGAACGCUCGUAACAGCAAGAACCAGCGAACUAAGACGGAGAAGGAGGAUAAAGAGCGCCAGCGACAGGAAGCUGCAGAUAAAAGGAAAGGCCGCGCGGAAAGGCGACGAGGAGAGGAUUCUGACCCUUCAGAGGAAACACCUCCCGCCGUGGCUAAACCUCCCGCCACCAAAAGCAUCGAGACACCAGUUAUUAUGGAAACCCCUGCACUUGCGCUGCCCGUUCCCGACACACCCCCUGCGAGCAACCAGACGGUCUCAAGCACCGCCAAGCGCGGCGGCAGAGCUACACAUAAGAAGGGCAAAGGCAGAAACCAAUACACGAGGGAUCGCGAUGUGGAUGGCGAAUCCCCAGCACGAUCCAUGUCAAGGGACAUUCAAAAGAACGGCGAAGAACCCACCCCUACACAUACGAAACCCACAAGUGAACAUCGACAUGGCAAGUCAAAGCCCGCCUUACACCACAAGCUGAAUAUGGUGGAUAUGAAGCGGCGUGUCGGCGCCAUAAUGGAUUUCAUUUCAAGGACCCAAGUGGACCUUGCAGCGGAAGCAAUCCCAGGCACGAACGGAAACGCAAGCAACGCAGAAGCAUCGCCGCAAAAGUCCUCAGAUUCCCAUUCUCUAGAGAAUGAGGAUACAGUAGACUCUUCCGGAGGCAAAGAUUUUAAGGAUCUGAACUGUAUAGAGAUGAUGGAUGUCCUGACACGAGAUAUGGUCAAGUGGCAGAAUCAGUAUACCUGA